AUCUGAAACAAACAAAAACUUGUAAGCACCUGCACAGUAUUUGUCAGAAAUAAAGGAGUAGGUAAAUGCUUUUCGACAGGUAUUUCUGGGAAGGAUGGAAGAUCUUGCAAGCUGACUUUUUAAGCAAGUUCUCUGCCACCCCAACUUUAGAAAUCAAAUAUUGGUGAAAAGAAGCAAGUUAAAGAUUUAAUAAUGGUAAUAAAUAAUGAAUAAAAAUUAAUUAAUAUUGGGGGGAAAGAGCAUUUGAAUGCUACCUAUUUCUCUGUCUUCACUCUAGAUAACAAUUAUUCAUUUAGUUUAUCCAUACCUAAAAAAUACUGUUUUCCCCAAAAAAUGAAAACCAGAACAGCCAGGAAGAUGGGAGGCAAUAAAAGCAUACAGGACCGGUAAUGAAAUUCAGCUCUGAAUCAAACCUCGAUCCGAAAUAAUUCAAAGAACUUACUGAAUCCAAAAGCUUCGGGAUAUGGACCUGAUAACAAAAUACACCACAGCCCAUUGCGCAAUCUUAAAAGCGAGCGGUUGUUGAGGGCUGCGCAGCCCCAGGACGUCUAUCUGAGUCGUAGCAGACAACGCUCCAAGGUGGAGCGUGGGGACUCCAGAAAGGUCAAGCUUGGAGGGAGGGCCUAAGGCACGGAGGAGGAGGUAGGACUCGCCUUCUCCUACCAAAUUAGGCUGUGGUCACGGAAUAAGGCUUAGCAAUAGCAAGCGAGGAUGCCGGAAGGCACGCGUGGGGCCACCCAGCCCACGAACUAGAGCCGAGCCGUACGUCCCGUGGGAGUGAAGGCCUGCGGCAAGAGAAAGUACAGCCGUUGCCAGAGCCAAGCAAGGGAGCGUGGUGCCUCCGAGGAGUGGACCUAGGCGCUGGUUCGCGGGACGGCUGGAGUAAAACUCGAGUGGUGUCCCCCGGCCAGCGCCAGCGUUCGAGGCAGCAGCUUGCGGAAUAAAAGGCGGCAGCGGCGGCGCGAAGGAAGGACAGAUCGAGCGGCUGUUGCGCCGCUGCCCUCAGGAUGUCCGCGCACAGCCUGCUCAACAGCGUCUUCUCGUGCUCCUCCUCGCCGGCGGCUGCCGGCAGUCCUCCGCUCUGCCCCAAGAGGUUGUCCAAGCGGGGACUUCGCCAGACUCGCAGUCUGGACCCCGCCGUGAUCGGCCGCUCCGGCGUGGAAGAAGGGACGGCGCUGGAGAGUUCGGCCCGCUCCGCGCGGGCCAAAGGGACGAGUGGUCCUUCGGCCGAAUACUUGGCGGCCUUUUCUUCGCGCGCCCUGCUGCGUCCGCCCGGCGGGGGGCAAAGCUCCUUCUCGCUCUCCGUGCCCAGCACGCCCCUGUCGACCUCGGGCAGCUUCCACUUUGACUAUGAGGGCCCUCGAGGCAAGAGGCUCACGGCGUGGGAGCUGCCUUUCUUGGCGCGCGCACCCUCAGCCUCGGCUCUCAGCGGCGGCUAUGGGGGCAGCGGGGCCAACAGCAUCUUCUUUUCCCCCAGAAAGUGGCUCCAGCAGAGGAAGGGACAGCAUCUGCCCAGCAGUCCCGCCUCUUCCUACGUAGUGUGGAAAGCCGAGGGUGAUUUCACUUGGAACAGCAUGUCAGGGCGCAGCGUUCGGCUGAAAUCUGUUCCUAUUCAGAGCCUUUCAGAACUGGAGCGUGCCCGACUACAGGAAGUGGCCUUCUAUCAGUUGCAGCAGGACUGUGAUUUAGGAUGCCAAAUAACUAUUCCUAAAGAUGGACAAAAGAGGAAGAAAUCAUUGAGAAAGAAACUGGAUUCCCUUGGAAAAGAAAAAAACAAAGAUAAAGAAUUCAUACCCCAGGCUUUUGGAAUGCCUUUAUCACAAGUAAUAGCAAAUGAUCGGGCAUACAAAUUGAAGCAAGAUAUUCAUAGAGAAGAGCCGAGAGAUGUUUCAGAAUUUGUAACGUCACUUUUACCUUUUGGGAGUAAAAGACAGAACAAAGAACUCUCAAGCAGUAAUUCAUCUCUUAGUUCCACCUCAGAAACACCAAAUGAAUCUACUUCACCAAAUACACCAGAACCAGCCCCCAGGGCACGGAGAAGAGGUGCAAUGUCAGUAGAUUCUAUUACCGAUCUUGAUGAUAGCCAGUCUCGAUUACUAGAAGCUCUACAGUUAUCCUUGCCUGCUGAAGCACAGAACAAGAAAGAAAAAUCCAGGGACAAAAAAUUAAGCCUCAAUCCUAUUUACAGGCAAGUUCCCCGGCUUAUAGAUAGCUGCUGUCAGCAUUUAGAAAAACAUGGUCUCCAGACUGUAGGUAUAUUCCGAGUUGGGAGUUCAAAAAAAAGGGUAAGACAGUUACGUGAAGAAUUUGACCGUGGUGUGGAUGUAGUACUGGAUGAAGAACAAAGCAUUCAUGAUGUAGCAGCUUUAUUAAAGGAAUUCCUUCGUGAUAUGCCUGACCCACUCCUGACCAGAGAGCUUUACACUCCUUUUAUCAACACACUCUUAUUGGAUCCCCAUGAACAACUAAAUGCUCUAAAACUUCUAAUUUAUCUUCUACCUCCCUGCAACUGUGACACCUUACAUCGACUCCUUCAGUUCUUAGCUAUUGUAGCCAGCCAUGCAGAAGACAGAAAAGAUGAAGAUAGCCAGGAAAUCCCUGGGAACAAAAUGACAUCACUCAAUCUAGCCACCAUAUUUGGACCUAAUCUGUUGCACAAGCAGAAGACAACAGACAAAGAAUUUACUGUUCAAAGCACAGCACGUGCUGAGGAGAGUGCUGCCAUUAUUACUGUUGUACAGAAGAUGGUAGAAAAUUAUGAAAUGCUCUUUAUGGUCCCAGCAGAUCUUCAAAAUGAAGUUCUAAUUAGUCUGCUUGAGACUGAUCCAGAUGUUGUAGACUAUUUGCUGAGAAGAAAAGCUUCCCAGUUAUCAAGCCCUGAAAUGCUUCAGUCUGAAAGAUCGCUCUCCAUAGAAGGUAGACAUUCAUCCAUAGACUCAAACCGAACCUCAAGUGGCGAUAUAUCACCAUAUGACAACAACUCUCCAGUGCUGUCUGAAAGAUCUGUUUUGGCAAUGCAAGAAGAUAUGUCCCUUACUCCUGAUAAGUUACAUAAAGUACCAGAACAGAACACAUUAGGUAGCAAUUUUCAGCCAAAAUCAAAAGAGAAUUCCUUUGAUGUAUCAGAUGACUAUUUCAACAUCUGGGGCACCUGGCAUUCAACUCUGAAAAGUGGUUCCAAAGGGCUGGGAAUGACAGGGUCAUAUGGAGACAUCUAUGAGAGCAGCUCCUUGCGGUCAGGGCAGUGUUCCCUUUCUCAAGGAAGCCUAUCAUUGUCUUCUCCUCGGUGGCAGGAAAGCAAUACAGAGCUAGAUAAUGAAAAACAAGUCAUCCGGAGGAGUCAGACAACAACUGCCCUUCUUGGUUGCCGUUCUCAUCCCCCUCUGUCUCAAAUGUACAGCACCCCACAGAUUGAAGUAGGUAGAAAGAGUUCCAGCCAGUCCAAUUCAAAACAUCAUUCACCUGUAAGAUAUACAGAGAACUUGAUGGAGCAUGACUCAGAUGCAACUUGUCCACAUGCUACUUUUAAGCCAACGUCUCUAAGGCAAGCUGAAGUAAUUCGAAAAGACAGACCACCGCCUCCUUACCCUGAAACAGCAAAACAAAGCAGCUUAUCAUCCCUCCAGCCAGCAAUGUCUUCUACAGGGAAACUUCAGAAGACAGACUUGUCUGAGGCCCAGGGAAUGAGGAUCAUGACUCAGGUGCCUGAACAACCUAUCCAGCAUGAAGAGCAACAGAACCAAAAUGAAAGAAAGUACUCCUUUCCAGACAGUGAGCAGAACAGUAAAAAUUUGUCAGAGACAGACUGGCAUGGGUGGCAAAGCGAUCGAUGGCAAAUUUGGGAGAUUUUAUCACCUGAUAAUCCAGAUGCGCUCCCUGAAACAUUAGUAUGAGUGAAGACAUCAGCAGGUCUUUUCCAAAUAGGGAAAACAGUGGACUGGAUUUAUACUGAAUUAUUUUUUAAAGAUAUGUUUACUUUAUGGAGUAUUUUACAAUUAAAUUUAUUAAAAAGAAUUUUAAUAGCAGUGUAAAAUUUAGUGACUUGUUUUGGGGGUUUUGUAGAAGAAAAUGUGAGAUGGCAAUUUCAGUCCAAACUACUCUGUGAAAUAUAAGCUGUGUACACAAUAAAAACGACCCUCUUGGUGUUGCUAAGAUACAUUUAUGUAUCUGCAGCUCAAAUGACUGUAUAUUAUGCAGAUGUUUUAUGUACAAUAGCAUUGUGUUUAUAUGCAAAAAAUAAUCUUGAAUGCUUUUUUGAAAUUAUAUUUUAAUCAUGCACUAAUAUGAAUAUAAAAUAUAUUGAUAUCGUUGAGAAUGCACAAACUGGUUUCUGUGCUUUUAACUAAUCUGUUUGUGAAAGUCAUAUAUUUUCACUGACAAAUAAGGUGGAAUGAGAACAUUAAAAGCCAUAUAUUUUAUAAUAAGGAAGUUAAAGACUAUCUAACGUAGUAUUUGCUUGCAGGGAAAAAUUAAUGAACAUAUAUUUUUACUCUUUUAGAAAGCAAUUCCAAUCACUCCUUCAUAAAUAUGUCCAUGUCUACACUAUAUAGAAAAAGAUACCAAAGAUUCUUCUACCCAUUCCACAUUAGGCUUAUAAAAUUUUGGCAUGGGUGAGAAAGUACAGGAGAGGGUGUUUAUUAAGUUUUGUUAAGACCAUUUUGAAUUUUCAAUAUUUCUCUAUAAAUAUGAACUAAAAUGUGAUCUGCUCUCACAAGUCCUAAAACUAGAUAAAAA